UCUAGUGCAUAAUUAAAAUUGUAAUUUAAUAUAUUUAAUGUACCUUUUCUCUAUUAUUAUAAUAAAUAUAAAAAAUCUCUCUUAUUAGGCUACACUCAACAUGAAACGGUUUCUGAUAUUUAUUGUUAAUCCAUACUUUUUUAGCAUUAACGCUCUAUCUUGUCUAUUAGUAGUUAUGGUCGCGAUCGCAAGUCAAAUGGACGCAUGUACUUUUUGAAAAAGAUUUUGUUGAUAAACUUAACAAUAAAGUUAUCGGUUUCGCACGGAAAGUAAUUACGGGGUAGAGCGAAACGCGCGGGCGACUAACAACAAUUAUUGGUAUGCAUCGCUGAGGGAUAAAGCCGCCUCCUCCGGAAGACUCAAUCCGCCACAUCUCGCAAUCACAUUAAGCGGUCAUUGCUGCAGCCUGCGAAACUCCAGGCGCUAGUGAAAGUCGGGCUCGUAUGGAGCCGUAGAGAAAAUGCGUUUAAAGUGAAAUCCGUGGUGAAGUGAAGUGUUUUGAAUGGAUAACGUAAACUUUGACGCGAGCGGCGAGGACAUCGAGCGGGCGCUCAUGGACCUGGGCCCGCUGCUCGGCGUCGCCAUCAAGGAGGAGGCGCCGGACGAGCUCGCCGCGCCCGCGGCGCCCGCCGCUCCGCCCAGUGUGGUGAGCGCGUGCGAUGGCGCCGAAGGCGAGAGGCCCGGUGCCGACUCCGGCGAGCGCGCGGACUCGCUGGCCUCCCCGCGCGCCGGCGCCGCGCUGUCCGCCGCGCGCUGCGCGCUCUGCGGCACCGCGCUGGCGCUCGCCCACGGCACGCCCAAGCUGAUGGAGUGUCUGCAUUCGGCGUGCGAGCCGUGUAUUAACGCGAAGAUCGAGGAGAAGCAGGCCUCGAGGGACUUCUGCGGUGGCGACCGCAUCACGGUGCAGUGCCCGGUGUGUCGACUGCAGUGCCAGCCCGCCAACAUGAUCGACCAGCGUUUCGUGCUGGAGAAGAUGUGCCCGGACACGCCGCCCGCAGUUGCAGAGCGAGACCAGCACUGCAGCAGCUGCGAGGAGCCGGAGCCAGCCACCAGCUACUGUACAGACUGCGCGGAAUUCAUCUGUGACAGUUGCGUGCAGGCUCACCAACGGUUAAAGAUCACAAAAGACCACACAAUCAAGAGCAAGGAUGAGGCCAUACAAGAGCAGCAGGCCUCGCAGCCCGCCGCGCACGACAUGUUCUGCACGGAGCACCCACAGGAACGGCUGAGCCUGUUCUGCGAGACGUGCGAUCGCCUGACAUGCCGCGACUGCCAGCUGCAGCACCACCGCGACCACAAGUACCAGUUCAGCACGGAGAUGGCGCAGCAGGCGCGGGCGCACAUAGCGUCACUGCUGUCCGAAGUGUCGUACAAGCGCGUGCUGCUCGGCUCCGCCAUGAAGGUGAUCCGCGAGAGACAAGUGCUCAUCGCCGACAAGAAGAAGGCGCUCGUGCACGAGAUCACGCAGACCGUCGUCAAACUAACCAACGCCAUCAACACGCGCGGCAAGCAGCUGGUGCUGCGGCUCAACGAGGUGUGCGACGGCAAGCAACGCACGCUGAGCGAGAAGAAAGAUGCGUUAGAGCAGCUCGCCAACAUCACGGACCACUGCGUGGAGUUCGUCAGCGCCGCGCUGCAGCAGGGCAGCGACACGGCGGUGCUGUACAGCAAGCGCGCCGUGUGCGCGCACCUGCAGCGCAUCAAGAGCCGGCGCGCCGACAUCCCCAACCCCGAGAUCCCGGUGCGCAUCGCGCUGGCUCUGGAUAAGCUGCCCGAUCUCGUCAAAGUGCUGUCGUCGAUCGGCGCCAUCGUGGUGGACGGCAAGGUGGACGGCGGCGGCGCGGCGGCGCAGGGCCCCUACCACCCGCCGCCCGGCCCCGCCCCCGCGCUGGGCCCCGCCCCCGGCCCCGGCCCCGCCCCCGCGCCCGCCCCCGCGCCCGCCCCCGGCCCCGCCGUCGCCGUCAGCGCCGCGCUGCACCACGCCGCCGCCAUGCAGCAGCAGUCGUACGCGAGCGCGGGGCUGGGCGGCGUGGGCGCGGUGGGCGGCUACAUGUCGGCGCUGGCGUCGCUGCGCGCGCGGCCGCACGGCGCGCACGGCGCGCACGGCACGCACGGCACGCACGGCACGCACGCCGCGCACGGCACGCACGCCGCGCACGCGCUGCAACAGCACACGCCGCUGCGGCACGCGCACGUCACCUCCACCACGCACCCGCACCAUCUACACGGGAUGAGCGAGCUGAACCUGCGCGGGCUGCUGAACCAGGGCUCCGGGCGCGGCGCGGCGCGCUCGCCGCUGCAGCCGCACCCCGCCAUGCACCACUACCAGCAGAGUGAGUCCACCAGGGCUCCGGGCGCGGCGCGGCGCGCUCGCCGCUGCAGCCGCACCCCGCCAUGCACCACUACCAGCAGAGUGAGUCCUGACUACACACUUUACAAAGGGUCCAACUCGCACGAUCAGGCCGCGGAGCAUGAAGUACACAGUGUGCCGCCCGCAGGGAUGAGCGAGCUGAACCUGCGCGGGCUGCUGAACCAGGGCUCCGGGCGCGGCGCGGCGCGCUCGCCGCUGCAGCCGCACCCCGCCAUGCACCACUACCAGCAGAUGAUGGGCGCGUACGCGAACAGCGCGUAUGCGGCGGCGGCGGCGGCCGGCGGCGGCGGGCGGCGCUCGGGCGGGCCGCGCACGCCCUCCCCCGCGCCCGCCCCGCCCCACACCCCGCCCGCGCCCCACGCCGCCAAGUGGCACAUCCCGCAGCAGGGGCUCGUCAACGGUCAGUAUGUCUGUACGCGGCGGCGGCGCUCGGGCGGGCCGCGCACGCCCUCCCCCGCGCCCGCCCCGCCCCACACCCCGCCCGCGCCCCACGCCGCCAAGUGGCACAUCCCGCAGCAGGGGCUCGUCAACGGUCAGUAUGUCUGUACGCGGCGGCGGCGCUCGGGCGGGCCGCGCACGCCCUCCCCCGCGCCCGCCCCGCCCCACACCCCGCCCGCGCCCCACGCCGCCAAGUGGCACAUCCCGCAGCAGGGGCUCGUCAACGGUCAGUAUGUCUGUACGCGGCGGCGGCGCUCGGGCGGGCCGCGCACGCCCUCCCCCGCGCCCGCCCCGCCCCACACCCCGCCCCGCGCCCCACGCCGCCAAGUGGCACAUCCCGCAGCAGGGGCUCGUCAACGGUCAGUAUGUCUGUACGCGGCGGCGGCGCUCGGGCGGGCCGCGCACGCCCUCCCCCGCGCCCGCCCGCCCCACACCCCGCCCGCGCCCCACGCCGCCAAGUGGCACAUCCCGCAGCAGGGGCUCGUCAACGGUCAGUAUGUCUGUACGCGGCGGCGGCGCUCGGGCGGGCCGCGCACGCCCUCCCCCGCGCCCGCCCCGCCCCACACCCCGCCCGCGCCCCACGCCGCCAAGUGGCACAUCCCGCAGCAGGGGCUCGUCAACGGUCAGUAUGUCUGUACGCGGCGGCGGCGCUCGGGCGGGCCGCGCACGCCCUCCCCCGCGCCCGCCCCGCCCCACACCCCGCCCGCGCCCCACGCCGCCAAGUGGCACAUCCCGCAGCAGGGGCUCGUCAACGGUCAGUAUGUCUGUACGCGGCGGCGGCGCUCGGGCGGGCCGCGCACGCCCUCCCCCGCGCCCGCCCCGCCCCACACCCCGCCCGCGCCCCACGCCGCCAAGUGGCACAUCCCGCAGCAGGGGCUCGUCAACGGCGGAUUCGACAUGUCGUCCAUGUCGCACGGCGCGGCGUCCCCGGCGGGCGCGGGGGCGGGGGCGGGCGCGGGGGCGGGCGCCGACUUCAAGAUCACCCUCGGCCGCGCGCGCGCCGCGCCGCCGCCCGCCGUCACCUCCACCAACCCCAAGACUCCCAGCCCGAGUCUCAACGGUGGCGCCGGCGUAGAACUGGAUAAAGUAUGCGCGGAGUCAGUUCAAGACUUGAUGGCCACCAUCGCCAAGCUGGACUCCAACGGCGUGCAGGUGCUCCCCGAGCAGCCCCGCGCCGAGCCCGCCGUGCAUUCCUCCACGGACACCGCUGGCGGUACAGUAGCGCCGACCACGGCCGCCCCCGCAGCGGCCACCAGCGGAGACCCCAACGAGGACUGGUGCGCCGUCUGCAUGGACGGCGGGGAGCUCAUGUGCUGCGACAAGUGCCCCAAGGUGUUCCACCAGUACUGCCACAUACCCACCAUCGAGAAGCUGCCCGACGAGACGGAAACAUGGCAGUGCCUACUUUGCGUGAACUUCGCCGAACUGCCCGAAGAACCUCGUGCGCCCGGCGAAACCAUAUCCCCGCGAGAACAGAAGCUCAUGGAGCGCGUCACGCUCGAGCUGUACUGCCAGUACGAGCCCAGCCUGCCCUUCCGCGAGCCCGUGUCCCAGCUCAACCACGACUACCACAGCAAGAUCUCGCGGCCGAUGUGCCUGGACAUGAUCCGCAUGAAGCUGCAGCCGCGCGCGGCGCCGCGCUACGCGCACGUGGCGCACUUCGUGGCCGACGUGCGCCUCAUGUUCCGCAACGCGCGCCUCUACAACCCGGUAACUGUCUCCAGCUGUAUAGUGUAUACUGAACGUUCUGUGACACUGUUACUGCCGAUGUGCCUGGACAUGAUCCGCAUGAAGCUGCAGCCGCGCGCGGCGCCGCGCUACGCGCACGUGGCGCACUUCGUGGCCGACGUGCGCCUCAUGUUCCGCAACGCGCGCCUCUACAACCCGGUAACUGUCUCCAGCUGUAUAGUGUAUACUGAACGUUCUGUGACACUGUUACUGCCGAUGUGCCUGGACAUGAUCCGCAUGAAGCUGCAGCCGCGCGCGGCGCCGCGCUACGCGCACGUGGCGCACUUCGUGGCCGACGUGCGCCUCAUGUUCCGCAACGCGCGCCUCUACAACCCGGUAACUGUCUCCAGCUGUAUAGUGUAUACUGAACGUUCUGUGACACUGUUACUGCCGAUGUGCCUGGACAUGAUCCGCAUGAAGCUGCAGCCGCGCGCGGCGCCGCGCUACGCGCACGUGGCGCACUUCGUGGCCGACGUGCGCCUCAUGUUCCGCAACGCGCGCCUCUACAACCCGGUAACUGUCUCCAGCUGUAUAGUGUAUACUGAACGUUCUGUGACACUGUUACUGCCGAUGUGCCUGGACAUGAUCCGCAUGAAGCUGCAGCCGCGCGCGGCGCCGCGCUACGCGCACGUGGCGCACUUCGUGGCCGACGUGCGCCUCAUGUUCCGCAACGCGCGCCUCUACAACCCGGUAACUGUCUCCAGCUGUAUAGUGUAUACUGAACGUUCUGUGACACUGUUACUGCCGAUGUGCCUGGACAUGAUCCGCAUGAAGCUGCAGCCGCGCGCGGCGCCGCGCUACGCGCACGUGGCGCACUUCGUGGCCGACGUGCGCCUCAUGUUCCGCAACGCGCGCCUCUACAACCCGGUAACUGUCUCCAGCUGUAUAGUGUAUACUGAACGUUCUGUGACACUGUUACUGCCGAUGUGCCUGGACAUGAUCCGCAUGAAGCUGCAGCCGCGCGCGGCGCCGCGCUACGCGCACGUGGCGCACUUCGUGGCCGACGUGCGCCUCAUGUUCCGCAACGCGCGCCUCUACAACCCGGUAACUGUCUCCAGCUGUAUAGUGUAUACUGAACGUUCUGUGACACUGUUACUGCCGAUGUGCCUGGACAUGAUCCGCAUGAAGCUGCAGCCGCGCGCGGCGCCGCGCUACGCGCACGUGGCGCACUUCGUGGCCGACGUGCGCCUCAUGUUCCGCAACGCGCGCCUCUACAACCCGGUAACUGUCUCCAGCUGUAUAGUGUAUACUGAACGUUCUGUGACACUGUUACUGCCGAUGUGCCUGGACAUGAUCCGCAUGAAGCUGCAGCCGCGCGCGGCGCCGCGCUACGCGCACGUGGCGCACUUCGUGGCCGACGUGCGCCUCAUGUUCCGCAACGCGCGCCUCUACAACCCGGUAACUGUCUCCAGCUGUAUAGUGUAUACUGAACGUUCUGUGACACUGUUACUGCCGAUGUGCCUGGACAUGAUCCGCAUGAAGCUGCAGCCGCGCGCGGCGCCGCGCUACGCGCACGUGGCGCACUUCGUGGCCGACGUGCGCCUCAUGUUCCGCAACGCGCGCCUCUACAACCCGGUAACUGUCUCCAGCUGUAUAGUGUAUACUGAACGUUCUGUGACACUGUUACUGCCGAUGUGCCUGGACAUGAUCCGCAUGAAGCUGCAGCCGCGCGCGGCGCCGCGCUACGCGCACGUGGCGCACUUCGUGGCCGACGUGCGCCUCAUGUUCCGCAACGCGCGCCUCUACAACCCGGUAACUGUCUCCAGCUGUAUAGUGUAUACUGAACGUUCUGUGACACUGUUACUGCCGAUGUGCCUGGACAUGAUCCGCAUGAAGCUGCAGCCGCGCGCGGCGCCGCGCUACGCGCACGUGGCGCACUUCGUGGCCGACGUGCGCCUCAUGUUCCGCAACGCGCGCCUCUACAACCCGGUAACUGUCUCCAGCUGUAUAGUGUAUACUGAACGUUCUGUGACACUGUUACUGCCGAUGUGCCUGGACAUGAUCCGCAUGAAGCUGCAGCCGCGCGCGGCGCCGCGCUACGCGCACGUGGCGCACUUCGUGGCCGACGUGCGCCUCAUGUUCCGCAACGCGCGCCUCUACAACCCGGUAACUGUCUCCAGCUGUAUAGUGUAUACUGAACGUUCUGUGACACUGUUACUGCCGAUGUGCCUGGACAUGAUCCGCAUGAAGCUGCAGCCGCGCGCGGCGCCGCGCUACGCGCACGUGGCGCACUUCGUGGCCGACGUGCGCCUCAUGUUCCGCAACGCGCGCCUCUACAACCCGGUAACUGUCUCCAGCUGUAUAGUGUAUACUGAACGUUCUGUGACACUGUUACUGCCGAUGUGCCUGGACAUGAUCCGCAUGAAGCUGCAGCCGCGCGCGGCGCCGCGCUACGCGCACGUGGCGCACUUCGUGGCCGACGUGCGCCUCAUGUUCCGCAACGCGCGCCUCUACAACCCGGUAACUGUCUCCAGCUGUAUAGUGUAUACUGAACGUUCUGUGACACUGUUACUGCCGAUGUGCCUGGACAUGAUCCGCAUGAAGCUGCAGCCGCGCGCGGCGCCGCGCUACGCGCACGUGGCGCACUUCGUGGCCGACGUGCGCCUCAUGUUCCGCAACGCGCGCCUCUACAACCCGGUAACUGUCUCCAGCUGUAUAGUGUAUACUGAACGUUCUGUGACACUGUUACUGCCGAUGUGCCUGGACAUGAUCCGCAUGAAGCUGCAGCCGCGCGCGGCGCCGCGCUACGCGCACGUGGCGCACUUCGUGGCCGACGUGCGCCUCAUGUUCCGCAACGCGCGCCUCUACAACCCGGUAACUGUCUCCAGCUGUAUAGUGUAUACUGAACGUUCUGUGACACUGUUACUGCCGAUGUGCCUGGACAUGAUCCGCAUGAAGCUGCAGCCGCGCGCGGCGCCGCGCUACGCGCACGUGGCGCACUUCGUGGCCGACGUGCGCCUCAUGUUCCGCAACGCGCGCCUCUACAACCCGGUAACUGUCUCCAGCUGUAUAGUGUAUACUGAACGUUCUGUGACACUGUUACUGCCGAUGUGCCUGGACAUGAUCCGCAUGAAGCUGCAGCCGCGCGCGGCGCCGCGCUACGCGCACGUGGCGCACUUCGUGGCCGACGUGCGCCUCAUGUUCCGCAACGCGCGCCUCUACAACCCGGUAACUGUCUCCAGCUGUAUAGUGUAUACUGAACGUUCUGUGACACUGUUACUGCCGAUGUGCCUGGACAUGAUCCGCAUGAAGCUGCAGCCGCGCGCGGCGCCGCGCUACGCGCACGUGGCGCACUUCGUGGCCGACGUGCGCCUCAUGUUCCGCAACGCGCGCCUCUACAACCCGGUAACUGUCUCCAGCUGUAUAGUGUAUACUGAACGUUCUGUGACACUGUUACUGCCGAUGUGCCUGGACAUGAUCCGCAUGAAGCUGCAGCCGCGCGCGGCGCCGCGCUACGCGCACGUGGCGCACUUCGUGGCCGACGUGCGCCUCAUGUUCCGCAACGCGCGCCUCUACAACCCGGUAACUGUCUCCAGCUGUAUAGUGUAUACUGAACGUUCUGUGACACUGUUACUGCCGAUGUGCCUGGACAUGAUCCGCAUGAAGCUGCAGCCGCGCGCGGCGCCGCGCUACGCGCACGUGGCGCACUUCGUGGCCGACGUGCGCCUCAUGUUCCGCAACGCGCGCCUCUACAACCCGGUAACUGUCUCCAGCUGUAUAGUGUAUACUGAACGUUCUGUGACACUGUUACUGCCGAUGUGCCUGGACAUGAUCCGCAUGAAGCUGCAGCCGCGCGCGGCGCCGCGCUACGCGCACGUGGCGCACUUCGUGGCCGACGUGCGCCUCAUGUUCCGCAACGCGCGCCUCUACAACCCGGUAACUGUCUCCAGCUGUAUAGUGUAUACUGAACGUUCUGUGACACUGUUACUGCCGAUGUGCCUGGACAUGAUCCGCAUGAAGCUGCAGCCGCGCGCGGCGCCGCGCUACGCGCACGUGGCGCACUUCGUGGCCGACGUGCGCCUCAUGUUCCGCAACGCGCGCCUCUACAACCCGGUAACUGUCUCCAGCUGUAUAGUGUAUACUGAACGUUCUGUGACACUGUUACUGCCGAUGUGCCUGGACAUGAUCCGCAUGAAGCUGCAGCCGCGCGCGGCGCCGCGCUACGCGCACGUGGCGCACUUCGUGGCCGACGUGCGCCUCAUGUUCCGCAACGCGCGCCUCUACAACCCGCCGGAGUCAACAAUUCACGCGGACGCUAUUCGCCUGGAGCAGUUCUUCGACCUGUCGCUGGAGAAGUGGCUGCCCGAGUACGCGUACUGGAGCGGCGAGGGCGAGCCGCCCGCCAAGCGCGCCCGCGCCGACUGACCCGCGCCCGCCCCCGCCCCCGCCCCCCCUGCCGGCCCCCCUGC